AAGAAAACUAGAUAUAAAAUUUAUAAAAAACUGUGUGAAAUAUAAAAAUAAAUACAAAAAGUAUCUUAUUUUACCAAAAAAAUCGAUCACUUGCUCUAUUUUCUAAGUAAAUGAAAAAAAUAAUUUCGUCCAAUAUGACUUUUCUGCAUGGUCGCUGUGACGACACAGUCUACGUCGAUUUUGCGUCAUCAGAUCAAGAACAUCAUUCAAACGGGGAGGACGUACUUCAGAAAUGUGUAAAGUGCUCUGUUGGGAACAUUGAGUUAUAUUUUUUUCAAAUGUUUCUCCUACCGGAAUUAUAAGUACAAAGCUUAGGAUAGGUUCCACGUCGAGUCGUCGCUAUCAUGGCGUCGGACGAACAAUUUUCACUAUGCUGGAACAAUUUCCACGCAAAUAUGUCAGCGGGCUUUCAUGGCCUGCUGUCGCGUGGAGAUCUCGUAGACGUAACGUUGGCUGCCGAAGGCAGGUUAUUGCAAGCACAUAAAUUAGUUCUAUCAGUAUGUUCUCCCUAUUUUCAAGAAAUGUUCAAAAUGAAUCCAACACAACAUCCGAUAGUAUUUUUAAAAGAUGUUAGUCAUUCUGCACUAAGAGACUUAUUACAGUUUAUGUAUCAAGGUGAAGUUAAUGUUAAGCAAGAAGAAUUAGCAUCAUUUAUUAGUACAGCGGAACAACUUCAAGUUAAAGGUUUAACCGGUAAUCAAAAUGAAGAAAGUUCCACGCCAUCCAAACCAAAGCCGACUUCGAGGCCAGGCCCCAGGUCGUCACAACAAAGACAAUCUGUUAUGACUAAGUUAGAGACUGAUCUAGAUUCUAAGCCCUCCUCAACUCCAGUAGCCGUUAAGAGGCCAAAUAGGCCAUCAAUAGCAUCAAAUAACUCUUCUUCCUCACAAAGUGGACCAGCGAAACGAAAAUGCGUAGAUCCACUGGAAGCAGGUCCCUCUGGUUCUGCAAAAGACGAAUUUGUGACGAUACCAGACGAAGAUGAGAACAAUGCUGUCGCUCCCAAAAUGGAACCAGAGUUUGUUAAUGAGAGUAUGUGGGAUGACGAUGAAGAUGGCACGAACAAUGACGAAACUAAUUACGGAGAGGACGAUUCUAAUAUGGAAAUGACUGGUUUUGAUGGCUCUGCAACUGGAGAUGUUAAUAUUUCUGGAGGUGAAGGUGGAGCAGUCGGCGAUGCACAAGAUAAAUCGGAAUUGUCCACGGUCAUAUUUCAAGAGGAAGGGGCAUUUGAUGAUAAAGAAGUAACUUUUAUAAAAUUACGCACAGGAAUUGAAUUAUUGCAGUACAAUGGAUACAGAUAUAGGAAGGCAUAUAAAGCUAAGAGCGGUACUAGAUGGGUCUGUUCUGUUGAUAAAAACUGUAAUUCGUUCCUGUAUGUCAAUGAUGAUUCAAAAAUUAUGAUGACCUGUGAACAACAUGAUCAUCCACAAUCUGAAAGCUUAGAAGCGGACGAAAAUGAUGCACAAAAAGCUACAUCCUUAGAAGAGUCGUCAACAGUGAUGACAGAGGAAGAAGAAGGAUUCGAUGAUAAUGAAGUGUUAUUCAUUAAGUCCCGUAAAGGAAAAGACAUGUUACAAUACAAUGGCUUCAGAUACAGGAAGGCAUAUAAAGCUAAGAGCGGUACCAGAUGGGUGUGUUCGCUGGACAAGAAUUGCAAUUCGUUCUUGUACCUUAAUGAUGAAUUCAAAAUUGUGAUGGCCUGUGAACAACACGAUCAUCCCGAGCCGCACAGAUUCGAAGACAUCGACAGCGAGCAGAACGAUACAGCAUUAGUGAUCACGUCUAGGAAAGGCAAAGAAAUGCUUUUAUUCAGACAGUACACUUAUCGGAAACAGUACAUCAAAGGGGAUCGUACUAGAUGGGUCUGUUCUACUAUAAAGAACUGCCGCGCAUGCGUCUUUACAGACACAUCUAAUUACAUCACUUCAGCUUACGAAGAACAUUGCCACGAGCCUCCGAAGUAUUAUCUCAAGCCGCAGAAUGUGAUUGAAGCGCUUCGAGAACCGCUCAUAAUAGAAGCUGAUUAAUUGCUGUUUUAAUUUAUUAACAUGAUAGCAUCAUGUCUGUGGUAAAGCUACUACUGAACAAUUUUCCAUAGAUUCUAGUGACAUGUUUUUUUUUAAAUGUAGAUAAAUAAAUAAAAUGUUUCUAGAAAUCGAAUUGUUGAACUAAAUAUUCUUCAGGUUCUGGUUAAUACUUAUUUGUGAGUUGUUUUUAUUAUUAUUUAAAACAGGUUGAGUUUUGUAAUUUAUAAAGCGUUGCAAAUAAAUUACUUUAUACUGCAUUAUCAAAUUAAUGUUUUUCACUAUAGAUAAAUUGACAAAAGUCAAGAACAAUUCAAUGAGCCAAUAUCACAGGGAAAAGGGGCUUAAGGUUCUAUUCUGAGGUUCAAUAACGGUAACAAUGUUUUAUUUGAAAUAAUACAAAAAUCCAAAUAAAAAUCUGAAUUAACACUAUAAAAUUAUAUCGCACGUGGAUUAAAAAAGUUGCCACAUUUUGUAUUUUUUUUAAAAAGAAUUUCAACAAUUUUGGCUCGCCUUUUAAAUAAUUUUAAGUUCGUUCAGAAAUCACUAAAUUGGAAGCCUUUUAAAUCUGAUGGUUGAGACAUUGGUCAAACUAUGCUUGUAAAGUUGUUCAUGAAUCUCAAAAAAAUUAAAAUGCGGGAACAAAACUAUAUUUUGGAAGCUUAUUUAUGCAUUUACUACUACUUUGAAUCCUGAACUUUAUGUUAUAUUUUACUUUUAUGUCCUCACCAUAUCCUAUACGUUUUACCAAUACGUUACUAACACGAUUAUCUAAGUGUUUUUUUUUAAGAACAAGGUUGGGUUAUAUUUGUUUUUAUUAUGGUAAUAUUUGAACUGUUUUAAAAUUUACAGUGCUUCUUAAAAUGUCGAAACGGGGACGACCGUUAUUGGUCUACAAGAAGUAUACAUACUCGAAAUACCCUUACCCUUUGAAGGCUGGAUGGCGGUGGUAUUGUUCGAGGGUGAAAAAUUGUCGGGCGAGCAUAUUAAUGACGGAUGACAACUGCGUUAUAGCGGCCACGGGGCGACACAAUCACGGGCCUCCAGACGAAACCAACUGUCUACAAAUGAAUAUUCCUAUUUUGUGUCCGAAAUAUUAUGGCGGUCAUGAGUGAUGUGCGUGACCGUGUUUUGAUAUGUCAAUUAAGUAUUACGCUCUAUUAUGUAUUCUGAUUUAUAUUUUUUAAAGUAUGAUAAUUUUUUCAAUACUAUGCAUUAGAGAAAAAUUUUUUUGUAGCUGCCUAGAUAUUGUUUUACGCAAAAGGCCACUAUGCCGGGUGCUAUUUAAUUUCUUCUUUUUUGACAUAGCACUCACCUAUCCUAGUAUGUUCGAGUCAAAUCAAGUAUUAGACUUUGUCUAAUUAUUUAAGUUGUGGUUAAAAUGUAACGAUUUUCGUUAAGAGUAUAAAUUAUCGAACACGGACUAAAUUCUCUGAAUUUUUAAUAUAUACCUAAUUGUUUAUGUUUUAUUAACUUAUAAAAUUAAAAACGCAAUAUGAUUAAAUAAAGGUGCAGAAAAGAAAUCAUAUACUUGCAAAAGGUACUUACUAAUUAUACAGGGUGUGCAUUAAGUUAUGCUUUCAUUUUCAAAAAGAUAAAAUAUCCGAUGACGGUACUAAGAAAACGUCUUAAAAUCGAUUAAUGUUCCUUUGAAAGUGUGGCGGUAAACAGUUUUCGUAAUUUGAAUUUGAUUGUGUAGAUUGUAUUUUUUGUCUCGUUAACGUCUGCAAUUUCUUAACCGCAAAAUUUGUAUUAACACAAGAAAAGAAUUAUAAUAAAAAGAAAUACAAGUUUAAAAGUUAUGUAUAACAUGUACUAUUUUUGUAUCGUUAAGUUGAAUUAGAUAUUUUAUAUUACAAAUAUAAUUAUUUUUUUCGCGUUAUUGAAUAAAACAAUGUCUUUGA